UCAUUGGCUACUGCCCUACCACAACUCUUUCUUAUCUCUCUCUUUCUCUCUACAAAUUACUACUACAAAUCUCUCUCUCUCUCUCUACAAUACAUAUAUACAUAUAUGAUGCUCGGACUAUCCUGUCGUUUUCCGCAACCUCUCGCCCCAACACGCAAGCAAUUCAGAAUUUUCAAUUUGUUGCUGCUAGUAUGUUGACCUCGUAUGCCUGCAUUCGCAUCCUCCUCCUGAAGGCUUAAUAAAUUUGCACUCGCGAAGAAUGGGGAAAGGUUCUAUCUGCAUUUCGUCUUCUGUUGAAGGGGAAACCAAAAUGGUGUGCUGUCUUCAUCUUGUGGUUGCCUGAGUUGUGAAGAGACAUCUUAAUUUUGCCUUUCGAAGAGUUGAAGGUGGUGUGUUUGGACCAAGAUAGUUGAUGAAAGUGUAGUAAAAUGGAGAAUUAUGAGGUGUUGGAGCAGAUUGGUAAAGGAUCUUUUGGUUCUGCCCUGCUCGUCCGGCAUAAACACGAAAAGAUGAAGAAGUAUGUGCUGAAAAAGAUUCGACUUGCCCGACAAACUGAUAGAACUCGAAGAUCUGCCCACCAAGAGAUGGAGCUUAUUUCCAGAGUCCAGAAUCCAUACAUUGUGGAGUACAAAGAUUCAUGGAUUGAAAAGGGUUGUUUUGUAUGCAUUGUGAUCGGAUACUGCGAGGGGGGAGACAUGUCCGGAGCCAUUAAAAAGGCGAAUGGAGUUCAUUUUUCUGAGGAGAAGCUUUGCAAAUGGUUAGUUCAACUGUUGCUGGCCCUCGACUGCUUGCAAGCCAACCAUAUACUUCACCGUGAUGUCAAGUGUUCGAAUAUAUUUCUCACGAAAGAUCAGGACAUACGUCUAGGUGAUUUUGGUCUUGCUAAAGUACUGACCUCCGACGAACUCGCUACCUCUGUUGUUGGCACGCCGAGUUACAUGUGUCCCGAGCUUCUUGCUGACAUACCUUACGGUUCCAAAUCCGACAUCUGGUCCUUAGGAUGUUGUAUGCACGAAAUGGCUGCGCUCAAACCCGCGUUUAAAGCCUUUGACAUCCAAGGAUUGAUCAACAAAAUAAAUAAAUCCAUCACGGCUCCCCUUCCGACCAUAUAUUCCAGUCCCUUCCGCAGGCUUGUCAAGAGUAUGAUCCGAAGAAAUCCCGAGCACAGACCCAGCGCUGCAGAUUUGCUCGGGCAUCCCCAUCUUCGACCGUAUGUUCUUAGCCUUCAUCUCGAGAGGAACAACAACCCCAGAAGGCAUACAUUACCUUCUACAACAACUGAUGCAAAUUAUGUCAAGAAGACAAGAUUCCUUGAACCCGAAGGUGUAAAGAUAGACAAGAGGCUCGCUUCGGGUAAUGACAGAGUGAUGAAUCCUAGUAUAUCACGAAAUCAAAUCUCCACGGCCGGAUUGUCCGAGUUAUCCGGUAGAAGCGUUGGCGACGACAGAGAUGUAAAAAGGCCAGAAACCACCGCACUGUUGGGCGCUGUAAGAAACUCCAGAAUAACUUCUACAUACUCGGGAUCGAGGAUAUCUAACCCCGGUUCAACUCGCGAAUUGCUGCCGGUGUCGCAUACCCCGGCCAGAAGACAUCCCCAACUAACACGCCGGGCCUCUCUUCCACCUCCUCGUCCCGAUUACACGACCAUUGCUGCCGGACUGCUUCGAGGAGUCGGAUCUCCCGAUGUUUCUGUCAACAGUCCACGUAUCGACAAGAUGGCCGAGUUCCCUGUUGCUUCCACAGACGAUCUUUUCCUGAUAUCUUCACAGUCGUCUUAUACCUCAACAAGAGACAAGUGUAUGGUUCAGAUACGAGACAGAGCCUUUGCGGGGCAGCAGGGCAACAACGGAAGCGAGUGGUCGGGGCAUAAUCCUACGGAUUCGAUGCGUUCGUCGUCAGAUUCCCGGCACCGCGGCAGGUUCGAUACUACGUCAUACCAACAGCGUGCGGAAGCCCUGGAAGGGUUGCUCGAGUUCAGCGCGCGGCUGCUGCAGCAGGAUCGGUUUGAGGAGCUGCAGGUGCUGCUGAAGCCAUUCGGGCCGGAGAAAGUCUCCCCGAGGGAAACUGCUAUAUGGCUGAGCAAGAGCUUCAAGGAGAACACAGCUUGACGACAUUGAUGACGACGACAAUGGAUUUUACCAAAUUGCCCUCAACCCUGUGAUGUGUAGUAACAACUUUUAACCUGUUUUUCAAAACUUCAAUAAAAAGGAUAAGUGCAUAAGAAUAAUUGGAGGGAUAGGAAUGCAGAAAGGGAAAGGAGAGGACUUGUGGUAGCUCUUGAAGCAAUUAGGCAAAGAGAAUAAAGGUCAUAUCUUUAACAACAAAUGCCCAAAUGCUUUAAACAUAGAAAGCUGAUCCCUUUGCCAUAUAGUCCCUUCAUUUUCCGAUAUUAUGUCCGCUUUACGG